AUGCCCUCAGUAUUACUCAAAACCUCCUCCUCUGCAUUUGUGCGCACUGACUUCCCAGGUUUGGAGAAAGCCCAUUACCUGAUCUCGUUCCCAUUGCUGGUGGCCUACAUCUCCAUACAAUUUGGCAAUGGAAUCCUUCUUUUCUUCAUUAAGGAUGACCACAACUUCCAUUAGCCCAUGUACUAUUUCUUAGCUAAUCUGGCAGCUACAGAUCUUGGAGUAACAUUGACCACUGUGCCCACAGUGAUGAGUGUACUGUGGUUAAAUCACAGGGAGAUUGGCCAUGGAGCCUGCUUCUCAUGGGCCUACUUUAUCCACACUCUUUCUAUUGUGGAGUCAGGGGUCUUGCUUGCCAUGGCCUAUGACCAUUUCAUUGGUAUUAGAAACCUAAGAUACAAAACCAUCCUUACAAAUACGAAAGUAAUAAAGAUUGGCAUAGGUGCAUUGAUAAGGGCUGGUUUAUCAAUCAUGCCAAUAAUCAUUCGCCUGCAUUGGUUUCCCUAUUGUCUAUCCCAUGCUUUCUGUCUACACCAACAUGCCAUCAAACUAGUUUGUGCUGACAUCAUAUUCAAUCAUCUCUAUCCAGUUGUGGUUGUAUUUGCAAUGUUUCUGCUAGAUUUCCUGAUCAUCUUUUUCUCUUAUGUUUUAAUUCUGAAGACUGUCAUGGCCAUUCCUUCUACAGAUAAGCAGACUAAGGCCCUCAACACAUGCAUCUCCCAUAUCUGUUGCAUCCUGGUCUUCUAUGUCACUGUGGUUGGUCUGACAUUUAUUCACAGGUUUGGAAAGCAUGUUCCUCAUGUGGUUCACAUCACAAUGAGCUUCCCUCCUUUUAUGAACCCUGUCAUCUACAGCAUUAAGACCAAAUGGAUUCAAAUUGGUUUACUUCACUUAUUCUCUCGACCUUGUUCUAGAACAUGA